AUGGCAUGGCUUGUGUUUUCUCUCUUGUUGUGUCGGCCGGGCAGGUCAUCUCUUAGUACAGAUCUGUACAAGCCGACCUUUGCGGGCUUCGUCCACACCGACAUUUCAAGCAGCAAGAUCGCUCUUAGAAGCUUGAUCGAUCGGUCCGUGGUCGAGAGCUUCGGCGCGGGAGGCAGGACGUGCAUCCUGUCACGGGUCUACCCGUCCAUCGCCAUUGGAAAGGAUGCUCACCUCUACGUUUUCAACAACGGUGACGUGGACGUCAAAGUGUCAAGCCUGACUGCUUGGGAGAUGAAGAAACCGUUGAUGAACGGCGCCUAG